AUGGCGACUUUGUUGAAGAUAAACCCCCUGCGAGAGGCACACAAUUUGCUACCAAAAUCAGAAUUAGGCGAUGAAUCUGGUGCAAUGAACGGCCCAUUCCGAGCCACGCAGCGCUGGAACAGCAUCAUCAAACACCUGCAGGACAAUGUCAGCAUCAAGCCCCACAAGACCAAGACCAAGCGAUUGGAGGGAUGCUUUGCCGGCGCCGAGGCUGUGGACGUCCUACUUCCCUACUUGCAGCAGAGCGGCUUCGAAAGGGAUAUCUCCAGGGAAAAUGCCAUCAAAUUGUGUCAGUUGCUGCUGGAGCAGAGUAUAAUUGAAGAUGUGCUGGCAACAUCCCAGCCACCCCUAAAUACUAAACCAGCCUUCCAAGAUAACAGCACUCACUUUUACAGGUUUGUCAAAGAUACAAACAAAAGCCACAGGAGUAGCCAACGUCUGUCAGACACAGCCAGAUACCGUGCAGAGAAAAGAUCGGCUGAGGAUGACGGGCAAAGUUGUCCACACUUUGACAGGAAGAAGAAACUACGGCACAGCUUUGGGGCUGGCAAGUCCAGGAAUGAAAACCGAUGCGAUGAGAACGAUGGUACGUCCAGUUUCGCCAUCCUCUUUGACCGCAAGAAGAAGAAGAGAUCCAGCUUUGGGUUUGGGAAGCUAAAAGCAGAAGCAUUGUCAAGGGUGGAUGAAGGGAACCACCUAGACACGCCAGCUGAAAAGAAGAAACGCAAACGGAACAGUUUCGGCUUAGGACGACUCAAGACAGAGAACAGUUACAAUAUUAGUGGGUCUUGUGAGAGUAUCCCUCAAUCCGGGGACAAGAGGAGGGCAAGCUUUCGACUGGGCAAGCACAAACUGGAAUCCAAAAGUGGCAGUGUAGGCUCCCAGGAGUCCCUGUCCCAACCGGAGCACAAGAAGAGCCGACGAAGCUUGGGCAGUUUCCGUCUGGGGAAACGGGCCGAACCAAGAAAUAAGGACAUUGAGACAGCCAGCAUAACCUCAGAGAUGUCACAGCAAAGUGAGACCAAAUCUAUGAGCAGUGGCAAAAGCAAUCAGUCGGGUGAUACUGACCUAGAAUCUGUCCAAUCACUGACCUCCUUGGACAGCCUGAAAGCAGAGUUUGAUGUGAAUGAGAUCUGGAAGGAGUCUACCAUUCAGAGGCUGUUGGAAUUAGUGGAUAUACCCAUGCUGGAAGAUAUUCUCUUUUGCACUGAGAACUUUACAGUACCGAGUUAUUCCAGUGGGAGUGUAACUAAGCGUGGGAACAGCAACAGACAACAAACAACUCGAGAUCAAUGGCUAUCGUCAGCCCUGGCCUGCCUGCAUUCACACCCAGACAGCUCCACCAUCACAGACAGCUUCCUCAGCGCCAACAACAGCCAGUCGCAGUCUGCCGUCCACGCCCGCAAGCUCCUCCUCUUCCAGACGCUGACCAAUCACAUUGGGGAGCGCCGACGACCGUUGAUGCCAACGGAGUUCCAGGACAUCCUGAUGGCCGUCCUGGGGUCCAUCGCCCGAGGGAAGACCUCCAGAGCCAUUGAGUUGGCCCAGCUGGCCUUCACGAUGCUGGGGGCCGGUGAGAGAGAGGAACUGCAGAACUUGCUUCAUUUCAUGGCGUCGGCGAGCUCGAAAACUGCUGUCAGACUAAGCUAUGAGAUCGACAACCGUGUCACAGUCAUCACAUCGUUCACACCGGCCAUCAUUCCGAGUCGGAUCGUCUCCCCAAUCCAAGCCAAGAACCUGGUGGCAUUCAUGAUGGAUUGCGUGGAUCGGGUCUGUGAGAUGCCGCCCCUCGUGGCACAGAGGGCGGAGAGGAGAAUAUCCCGGCUGAAGGCCGGCCAACGAGAUGUCAGUCAGGAGUCUUCCUGUGUCCGAGUAACUCCUCAGCAGUACCACCAGCAGCGCACGGCAGGCACGGACGCCGCCCUGCGUGACUUGACCAACGCCGUCAUCGACGACGUCAAAAUACCCCUCAGGGACAAGAAACAGCACCUGCAGGACCUGAAGAAGCACCACCCGGCAGUGUACGAUAAGAACUUUGCCGAUAUGCUGUAGUAACGUUAGCUAGCCGAGCAGUAGUGCUUUCCUUUAUUUGCAGCAGAGUGCAUCCAGUUGUGCCAAGUUCUCCGCAAAGAUGAUCACGUUCACUGACAAAAAAAAGUGAUCGAUAAGUUUACGCCUUAAAGGUCUGGAAAUACUGCAUUCUUAGUCUGAAGGGGGACUGCCCAACCUAUUGUUACGAACAAUUGUGAGUUUUAAGGCUGGUUCGAAUGUCACGUAAAAACACAGGCCCUAUGUUUAUAUGGGAAAGGCUGCUAAAUUAAACAAGGGACAACUUGAGGUUUUACCCUGAGGUACCCCACAAAAUCAUGGUAACCUUGUCAACCUCAAGAUGUACCAUGAGUUACCUCUUGUUUAAUUUUCCAUCCUACCCUAACACAUAUCUGAAGUCUUGGGACACUUGUGAAAUUUGCCAAAGUCAGCAUGUGAGCACGAGUAUUCGUCCUGAUGUAACAAAUUUGAGAUCUGAGGCAUUACCAAAAUUAAACUUUCAUUUCUAUAUCUAUUGCUUGGGCAGAUGUCCAAUUUUCCACUUUAAGGAUUUGUAAAUUUGCCCCAUCUUCCCUUUCUAUAAUAUAAAUAUUUCUGUUUUCUGACCAAAUUUUGCUGAUAGCAUUAAAUAUUUCUGUUCUUGAUAAUGCCAAAGUAUUACAUGUAAAUAUUUAUACAUACCAAAUAUAUGUACGUGUAUUCAUUAUUUAGGAAGUUAAGUCCAAUUCUUUGAAGAGGAUUUUGAUUUGCUGGGGAAAAAAAUUGCCUUUUUCAUUUAAAUAUGAAUGGAAGCCAAAAUAGAGACUGCAUAAUUAUACAUGGAUUGUGAAAACGUAUGAGUAAUUUUAUAGUAGAUCUGAAUUAAUGUUAUUCUACAAAAAUGUAAAAAUUAAAUAUAAAUUUAUUCUGUUGCAAAUCUAUAAAAGCCUUAAUUUUUCUUGCA